CUCACGUCUCCAAGAGAGGCUAGAGUGGAGCUUCAGAUUGGGAGCAAGAAUGAAAAACAGAACCAACAAAGAAAGAAAGAAUUACAGGAAAAAGAAGGAGAUGAACACGAAAAGAAAAGGAAAAUAAUUGGAGACGUGAGAUUUGAAAGAAAAAUUAAAACAAGAAAAAAAAAAAAAGAAUGAAGGAGAAGCAAAGAAAGAAGAUGAGCGAAUGAUGCAAUUAAAUUUUUUCUACCCUAAUUAGUUAAACUAUGCUCAUAUCUACGCUCUCAUUUAAAAGUUCACCUACCACACAAAAGUUAAAAAGUCACUUGUUAUAUAGAACUUCUACCACCCUACUCAUUCAUCACCUUUCCCCAUGAACAACCUUCCAGAUGCCUUUCAUUUCAAAACAGAGGGCAGGAUCAUGGCGGCCUAUUGCCCCGGGAUUCAGCCUGUAACUAGUGCCUCAAUAGCCUCCGAUAAACUUAUUUGCAGCAAACCUCGAAGCAACAAUGGCCCACGGGUCAUAAUCCCACCGCCCACCACUGUCCCAUCGACACUCGGUCACUACUUAGCCCGUCGCCUCGUUCAAAUCGGUGUCUCCGAUAUCUUUUCGGUUCCGGGAGACUCCAAUCUGAUGUUGUUUGAUUACUUUGUGGCAGAAAAAGGGUUGAAUCUUGUGGGGUGUUGCAACGAGCUCAAUGCUGGUUAUGCAGCCGAUGGCUAUGCUAGGCGUCGUGGCGUGGGAGCCUGUGCUGUGACCUUUACAGUUGGUAGUCUUAGCCUUAUCAACUCCAUUGCAGGUGCUUAUUCUGAGGAUCUUCCUGUGAUUUGUAUUGUGGGUGGACCAAAUUCUAAUGAUUAUAGGAGUAAAAAGAUUCUCCACCAUACAAUUGGGUUGCCGGAUUUCACUCAAGAAUUUCGAUGCUUCCAAAAUGUCACUUGUCAUCAGGUCAUUAUUGACAAUCUGGAAGAUGCACAGUGGCAAAUAGAUAGAGCAAUAUCCAAAUGUUUGGAAGAAAGCAAACCAGUUUACAUUAGCAUUUGUUGCAAUUUGGUGGCCAUUCCUCAUCCUUCUUUCUCUGCUCAACAACUCAUCCCUCUCUCCCUCUCUCCCAAGCAAAGUAAUCAAUUGUGUUUGAAGAUGGCAGUGGAGAAAGCAUCUGAUCUUCUAAAUACAGCCGUUAAACCUGUAAUGAUCGGUGGAAAGAAGCUACGACUCGCCAAAGCACAAGCCGUAUUUCUAGAGCUAGCCGAUGCUUGUGGCUACGCUGUUGCCGUUACACCAUCGGCAAAAGGCAUGUUUCCCGAGAACCACCCUCAUUUCAUCGGAACUUAUUGGGGAACAAUCAGCACUGCCUUCUGUGGGGAGACGGUGGAAAUAGCCGAUGCCUCAAUUUUCAUAGGAGCCACUUUAGACGAACUGGAAACCAUUGGCUACUCUCUUACCUACAAAAAAAAUAAAGCCAUUAUCGUAGAACCAAACCGCGUCAUGUUUCCAAAUGGAUCGUGUUUUGGGUUGAUUUUAAUGAAGGACUUUCUUCAGGCUCUAACUAAGCGGCUCAAACCCAAUUUAACAGCUUAUGAGAAUUAUCGCCGAAUUUAUAUACCCGAGUCGGAUCCACCACAAUCCGAAUUGGGUGAGGCAUUGCGGGUCAAUGUUCUUUUCAAACAUAUUCAAAAAAUGUUGACCAAUAACAUGACUGUGAUAUCUGAGACGGGUGACUCUUGGUUUCAUUCUCAAAAACUUAAACUACCAAAAUCAUGCGGGUAUGAGAUACAAUUGUUGUAUGCAUCAAUUGGAUGGUCUUUGGGUGCAACUUUAGGAUAUGCCCAAGCUGCGCCAAAAGAGCGUGUGGUUCUUUGUAUUGGUGAUGGAAGCUUUCAGAUGACUCCACAAGAUGUGUCUACAAUGUUAAGGUUGGGGCAAAAUAACAUAAUAUUUUUAAUCAAUAACGGUGGAUACACAAUUGAAGUAGAAAUUCACGAUGGCCCUUACAAUGUUAUCAAGAAUUGGGAUUAUACUGCCAUCGUCGAUGCUAUGGACAACCGUGAAGGCAAUUGUUGGACCACCAAGGUUCAUACAGAGGAAGAGUUGGUGAAUGCAAUUGAGAUAGCAACAGGAGAUCGAAAUGAUUGUUUGUGCUUUAUAGAGGUUAUUGUUCAUAGAGAUGAUACUAGUAAAGAGUUACUUGAAUUUGGAAGCAAGAUUGCAGCUAUGGGUAGUCGUCCUUCAAAUCUUUUGUAAAAUCGAUGAUUAUUCAUUUAUUUAGAAAUAUAACUCAAGCGGCAAA